AUGAGUGAUUCCAAAGGAUUUCUUCAUUGGCUAUUCUUUAAGAAAUGGCAUCCAGUACCUUCAGUUGGUAGUACAAUUGCGUUGUUUUCAAUAAUUGGUGUAAUAUUUGUUGCUUUGGGUAUUGUUAUAACUGUUAUCAAUAAUAACAUUCAAGAAGUAACAAUUUACAAAUAUGAUUAAAAAUGUUCGCCUGUUGAAUAUAAUAAGUAAUGUAGUUUUACAUACAAAUUGGAUUAAAUGAAAGCUCCUAUUUACUUUUAUUAUGAACUUGAAAAUUUUUAUUAAAAUCAUAGACGAUAUGUUAAAUCCAAAUCAUCAACUUAAUUAUCAGGUGAAGAAAUCUCAUUAUCAGAUGCUGAAAAAUAUUGUGAACCCAUUAUUUUCAAUAAAGAUUUAGAAUAAUGGCAAUAAGCUGUAUAUAUUACAGAAAAUAAUGAACAAGUUCCAAAACAACGUAAACCAGAUGAUAUUGCUAGUCCUUGUGGAUUAGUUGCAAAGAGUUUCUUCAAUGAUACUUAUGAAUUAAGCUUAUCAGAAAAAAACAUUGAAUUAAAUUAAACAGGAAUCAGUUGGCCAAAUGACAAAGGUAAAAAGUAUAAGAGAGCAUCUGAUUCUGAAAGUACUUAAUGGAUUGAUCCAGAAAAUGAACAUUUUAUUGUAUGGAUGAGAACAGCUGGAUUACCUACAUUUAGAAAAUUAUGGGGACGUAUUGAAUAAGAUAUAGAAGAAGGAGAAUACACAAUUAAAUUUCAAAAUAAUUAUAAUCCAUAAAUGUUUGCAGGAGCUAAAAAUAUUGUGCUCUCUACAUCAGGACCAUUUGGAGGAAAGAAUUUAUUUCUCUCAAUAGCUUUUAUUGUUGUAGGUGUUAUUUAAUUGUUGAUAGCAUUGGCAUUCUUAAUUAAAAAAAUAAGAGCUGGACCUUCAUUUGGUUAAAAAAAUGAAUGAUUUAUUUGAUUGGAUAUUGGAU